AUGGAGCGAAGAAUGUUAGAAGCAGCUCGGAAGGGCAAUGUCCAUGAGCUGGAAGACUUGAUCAACAGCAAUGAGCUCAUCCUCGAGGAGAUGGAUCUUGAAGGAGCCGGUCACACGCCGCUGCAUGUCGCCUGUGUGGCUGGCCAUUUAGAUUUUGUCCGAGAGCUCCUAAAGCAUAUGCCGAAGCUAGCGGAAAAGGUGAACGCUGAUGGUUUCAGCCCACUGCACAUCGCGGCGGCUCGAGGUGAUGUCGAGAUUGUGAGGGAGCUCUUGACAGUGAAACCACACCUGUGCCCCGUGAAGGGACGGGAGAGAAGAAUCGCUUUGCAUUAUGCCACCGCGAACGGGAAGGUCGAUGUCAUGAAGGUAUUGCUCGCCGCUUCGCCUGAGUCUGUUGAAGACACGACUGCCCGAGAGGAGACCGCGCUUCACCUUGCCGUGAAGAACAACCGGUUCGGCGCAGUGGUUGUGUUGGUGGACCAUCUGAAGCAGCACAAGAAGGAGCAGGUGAUCAACUGGAAGGACCACAAAGGCAACACUGCCUUGCAUCUUGCUGCUGCUAGCAAAAAUUUUGAGGUGGUGAACUUCCUGCUUUGUAAGCAUGCUGUGGAGUCUGAGGUCGUGGAGGUGAAUGCCGUGAACGAACGUGGGCUGACGCCUCUAGACGUCUCAACUCCCUUGCAAAGGGAAGCAGGAGAUAGAGAGGUCAGAGAAAUCCUCAUUCGAGCGGGAGCCAAACACGGAAGAGGAAGAUCAAACUCACCCGCAUCAAGCCCAGUCCCGGCGGACGACAACAAUUUCGGGGGAGGUAAUAGUCAUCAAGCAGCUGGGGAGGAACCGGUCAAAGAUGCUCCUCAGGCAUCACCGCGUUCGCAAUCGAAGAAUUCAAAUGCGGAAAAGGAGUCGUUUGGCGACAUCCGCAAUGCCCUGUUAGUUGUCGCCGCACUCAUCGCUAGCGCGACCUACCAAUCUGUGCUUCAGCCGCCAAAGAUAAUAGAAAUCGACAUCGACGACAACAAAUCAAACGAUGCUUCCAUGACUAAAUAUAAUGGUGCGGGCUUGGUGUACGCUCUCUUCCUAGGCGGCAACACACUAGGAUUCAUGGUGUCGGUCCAGAUGAUCAUUUGCCUCACCAGAUUUGUCCCCAACCACGCCAGGCUGCCGCUUAAGCUGCCGCUUAGGCUAUCCCUGGUCGCCAUGAUUCUAACUUAUUUUUGCUUCACGUUAUCCCUACUGCUCACGACAAUGGGUAAAAGGAAUUCAAAUGAGAAAGCUCUGCGCAUGAUGCCGCUAAUGCUAGCAUUCGUUCUUCUGCUGAUGCAGCAUUGGCUGGCACGCGCUAUAGAUUAUUUCUUGGAACGGCUUGUUGGAUUGCACCUUCUAGGUGAUAUGUACCGGCUAGAGGACAAGGACUCAGAGAAUAAGGACUUAGAGAAGAAGGGAUAA